AUGGAUCCUAAACCUUCGCUGACUCUGUGGGAGUAUGCGAUGCUACCAUUCGCUAUCAGCCAAAUUAUAUUGGUGAUAGCCGUAGCCCGUAUCAAGGCGCCUUUUCGAAAGCGCGGUGACGACAUAAUCUUGGGAAGAUAUGUGCUUUAUGAUGGGAUGAGAACGGUUGUUGAAAAGAUGUCACUACGACAGUUUCAGGCAAUUAAUCCAUCUACAACAGAAGCUUACGAGGCUUUUGCGAAAGGCCAAGGUUUGAAACCAGACAUCGCCACCCUACCAGAUGGCUCCUUAGGCUGCUGGAUCGGCGAUAAGAAUGCAGAUACUACUCUAGUAUGGUUACACGGAGGGGGAUUUGCGUUUAUGGCAAGCAAAGCACAUGUUGAAUUUCUCUUCCAGCUAGUUUCUCGAGCUUCUCGGCACGGCCUCAAGAUGGCUAUUUUUCUCUUACAGUAUGACGUCGCUCCACGAGCACAAUAUCCACGACAAAUAGAACAAACAGUCACCGCAAUCAGAUAUCUCACCGACGACAUCGGUAAACCUUAUCAAGAGUUACUAAUCGGCGGUGAUUCCGCUGGAGGCACUCUUGCAAUAGCACUACCAUCACAUUUGUCUCAUCCUCACCCGGCGAUCCCUGCACUCAAUAACAACGGAGUGAAUUUAAGAGGGGUCAUCUUGCUUUCUCCAUGGGUAUCACUCGAUUUCAACUUCCAAUCGUUUGAGACCAAUCGACACAGGGACAAUUUAAGUGAUACUGGACUGAAUAUUUGGGCUAAAGCAUUGGCGAAACAUAACGAAAGAGAUAAUUAUAAUUCUCCCUUGGAUGCAUCUGCAGAUUGGUGGCAAAAUGUCCAGGCAGAAAGAGUUCUCAUUCUCGCGGGAGAAUCCGAAGUCCUUGUAGAUGAGAUCCGACAGUUUGCUGAGAAACUAAAGAGGCAUAAUAAGCAAAGGAUUGACACGCUAGUCUCACCGGGUGAAUGUCACAAUCCCCCAGUCAGUGAACGCCAACUGGGUAUACAUAGGGAAAAUGGUAUGAUAGAGGAGAAGAUAUACCAGUGGCUUUUAUCUAAGGCAGUCUCGGCUACUAGUGGUAGAUCAGCAUCAGUAUCAUAA